AUGGCCGAACACGUCAAACUAUCCCCCGACUCCUCCCAACCUCGCGCGCCGUCCCUCGACAAGUCCCCUACGGUCUCGCGCAAGGUCUCUCCGACCGAAACUCCUCUCCCGUCCCCUCCCGAUUCCCUCGGGCGCGAUCGUCCUGCCGCUGCCGCUCUUCCGAAAGUCCUGGUCGAAGCCUUGCAUGAACUCGAAGAAGCUAGACCUCGCGAAGAAGAUUACCAUAAGACUUUCCCACUUAGCUGGGCUGAGUUCAAGAGCGCCAAGGAAGAGAUUGAAGCGACGUUUCGUCGUUUUGACUACGAUCCUUUCAAAGGCGAGAUAACCAUCCGAAUGCCAUCCUCAGUCCACGAGGGUUUCGCCGGAUCGUUCAACACGGCUGUCCUCGCAAAGCUCUGGCCUCUCAUGGAUGGCGACAAUGCCACGGCUAAGUUUGUUGCAGGCAUUAGACAGAUGCUGUCUACAGACAUCAUUCCAAACACCCAAAGACGACCCGACGAUCCAGAUGAUGAUGUCGACAAGAAAAAGCAGAAGUCACCAGACCCUCAGUACCGUCAUGUUAAAUCGGGGGAGUCUGGUGUAGUCGUUGAAGUCGCGUAUUCUCAGCAAGGCAAGAAGCUGAAGAACCUUGCUAAAGGCUACAUCGGCGGAAGUAAAGGCGCUAUCCGUGCUAAGGCCAGACUGACCCCCAAGCCAACUGGACAUGGAUCGAUCUUGGAAGUUGAGCAAGCUAUUAACGCAGUUCCUUUUCGCGAUGCCCAUAAACAGCCUGUGAACUCAGACCACGAGCUUGUCCUCACCCUGCACGACCUGGCCGCUAAGGAGGGUCUUCUCGUCGAUGUCGAUGACCUGCCAAUCGCAUUCCGAUAUGACGAGCUCUGUGGCAUUGUGAACGAGAUGGAAGAGUUUCUUGAAAACAAACUUCAUAAACAGAGACUUCAAGAUGCCGGCGAAAAUGAGGGUGACUCAAUCGAACUCCGGAUUUCCAGCUCCAGCUCAAUCGAGCAAUUGUCCACUGAUUCUGAGAAAGAAGAGCCCCAGAAGAAGGGCCGCAAGGGCGAGACCGGUUUCUAUCGUACUGUCAAGGGCAUCCAGGACCGCCCGAAUGUCACGACACGCUCAGGCUUAGGGCCAAAGCGACCCGCGCCCGCCAACACUGGCGAGAACCUCCCUGUCCCUAAGCGCCGCUCUAAGCGACGAAGAAACUAG